CUAUAAAGUUCCAUGUAUCGCAACGAAUGCCUCAAAAUACCUCUUCAGUAGCGUCGCUGUUGACUCGGAAAGCCAGAUCUUCGGAAGAGAAGUGAGAGAGUGGUGGAGUGCGCAUUUGAGAAGACACAGAAAAACAGCACCAGCAGCAGCAGAGACAGUCGCCAAAAUGCAGCAACAGCAGGACAUGUGGCAGCCACAGGGUGUCGACGGGACGGAAGCCACGAGCAAUCACUCGGAGUUCUCUUGGUUCAAGCCCGACGAGCGGAUCCGCGACUGGCCACUCAUGGGAAGCCCAGUGGCAAUCACCAGCAUCCUGGCCCUGUACCUGGUGGGAUGCCUUUACGUGGGACCCCGACUCAUGAGGGACUGCAAAGCCUUCUCCAUGCGUCCCGUUCUUAUCGCGUACAACCUCGCCAUGGUGGCGCUCAGCAUGUUCUUCGCUUACCAGACCGCGAAGCUGGCGUACUUUAGAAGCGGCUACAGUCUGGUUUGCCAGGCGAACGACUCCAAGACGAACCCGUUCUUCGAGGUGAUGUUGUACUACUGCUGGUGGUACGUGAUGCUCAAGGUGGGCGAGCUCCUGGACACUGUGUUCUUCGUGCUACGCAAGAAGAACGAUCAUAUCAGCUUCCUGCACGUGCUGCACCACACGCUGGCCCUCAUCACUGUGUGGCUCGACGUGAACCUGGCCAUCAUGGGACAGGUGGCCCUGUUCCCACUGCUCAACUGCUCUGUGCACGUGGUGAUGUACUCGUACUACGCGCUGGCCGCACUGCCGCCGUCGAUCAGGCCGAACUUGUGGUGGAAGCGCUACGUGACCAUAUUCCAGAUCGCGCAGUUCUUCGUGCUCAUGGUGCACAGCCUGGUGCCGGUCUUCAAGGACUGCGACUUCCCGCGGCCCUUCGCGGUCUUCAUGGCCCUGGAGGCUGCGCUCUUCUUCUACCUUUUCAGUGACUUCUACGUGAAGAGCUACGGACCCCCGAAGCAAGGCGAAUCUAGUACGAAACUCAAGGGUCAAUAGUGAUGCCCCCCCCCCCCCCAGACUGUAUUUAAUCUUCAUUCUUUGCCUGCUCGGACACUCGAAGCCGUAGAGGUGUUGUGCGUGAAAACUACGAGCCAUCCAUGUGUGUGCAGAGUGUUCACCCCUGUUCUCAUACAUGUGGUCUCCGCUGCCUGUAUACACGCACGGUAAUAGACCGAGCUUCAAACACUUGCCACCGUGGCAUAUUGCUGAAUGUCUCGCAGUUUUGAGGAAUUACGCGCGGUACUGUUUGCUUGGUUUGGUUAACGUUAUCGAUGGAGAGUGACAGUUUUGUUUGGUUCAUAGGGCUCUGGUUAUAACAUUAUCCCAUCCCGUAUAUUGGUGUGUAACUUUCCCCUCGAGAUUCUACCCUAAGAUAUUAUUCAUUUACCAAGUAAGCGUGUGUGAGUGGUGUCAACCAUUCUCUUACAAGCAAACCUCAAGGAUUCAACUGGUUUAAUUUAGAAAACGCGUCAGCCUGGUGGGUUCGAAUGCAUAACGGUUUUUAUUCGUUUGUAAUUAGCUAUCUAUAGCUUAUGUGCGCAAUAUUGUGAGAGGCAAAACUAUUAAGAAAAGGUUCCAGUAAAAGGCGUUCUCGUGAAUAAAAGUUCUGGUCUAUUUUUGCGAAAACUCAUAUACAUUUUAAUACCUGUAUUUUGCCGCCCUUAUUUCUGUUUCAGCAUCGAAACAAUAGUAGUGACAAAAAACUUACUUUAGAUCCUGAUUGAUUUGUUCCCCCUCGGAAGAGUGUUGAUUGGAGCGACACACAAAUAUUUCUAGAGUCUGCGUCAACCGCAUACCAUAUUCAUCCAGCAUGUGCAGUCACUUGACGCUGUGACACGCGCAGCUGCUUAUCGCAUUCUGAUGACCGUUUCAUGUGGACCGGCUUAACGGACAAGGUGUGUUUUCAACCUAAAAGUUAUGAACCUGUGACUGAAAUCAAAGCGCUUGUUCGUGAGUUUUCUCUUUUCGAUCAACCUCUGUUUCUAUUGUUGUUUGCCACUUAGAAAGAAGAAAUGUUUCUGCGCCAUCAUUGCUCGCCAUAAAAAUGUCAGCCAACAUCAGAUGAAAUCGGCAAAGGUGGCCAGCCAACGGCAAAUGAUGUUUCUGGAUCAAACAAUUCGUGCCUUCAGUCCAAGAUUUGCGCUCGUUUACGUGUAUGAUGGCUGAACUGACCACAUCACAUGAGAGGUGUCAAUUAUAUAGUCAUGGUUUCGAAAACAAAUGUGUUUACUCUUUUUAAACAAGUAUGAGCGACUUUAAACCUCGCGUUGGUGUGUCAGUAGCUUUACGAAGUACUCUUUGAAAGCAGGAGGUCGCACCUGUGUAUAUACCUACGUGCUUCCUGCAGAACAUUGCGUUUUUCGAUAACGGUUCUGUGAAAUGCAUGUGAUCAUGGUUUGUGUCUGCUGUGAUUCAUCGUUCUUUUGUGAACGUUGUAAUAAUGGUUUGUACUCUACGGUAGCAAUGUGACGACAUCCAUAUGAGUACUGGCGUUCCCUGAAUGACGAAGCAAAUAGUUAUUGUUCUGCACUCAUGAAAUACCCGUAAUAAUGCUGCGCAAUUUAUAAA